CCUGGAGCCUGUGAAUCACUCGCCCACCGGGUAGUACUUAUUCAACUUGAUCGCCUCCUCCAACCACCUUCGUCUGUUUCCUACUAUUCACUCACACCAUUAAGCAUAGCUGUCGUUGAUACUAUUCCUACUCCUGCUACUGUCAUCACCACCACCACCAACACUACCACCAUAAUCAAACUAUCGCUACAAUACCACAGACAUCAUGGUCUCCCUCGUCCCUAUCGCCCACAUUGUGGCCGCUGUCUUCUCCAUAAUCGAGCUUGGUCUGAGUUCCUAUGUUGCUAGCGGGUACAACGGAUACAACGGCUGGAGCGGAUGGUGGUCGCGCUCCCCUGAUAUCGUUAACUUCAUCAUCUUCAACUCGGUCUGGUCUCUGCUGGUCCUUGCUUAUGUCGGUCUGACACCUCUGUACCUGACCCGCUUCUUCCACAAGCUUGUCUCCCUCGGCUUGCUCGUCAUCACCACCAUUUUUUGGUUUGCCGGCGCCAUUGCCCUCGCUGUCUUCGUUGGCGUCCCUCGCUGCGGCGGCAGCUCCUGGUGUGCAUCCUCUCAGGCCGCUGUUGCGUUUGCCUUCUUCAUUUGGGCUAUCUUCACUUUCCUUACCGUCCUCGAUACCCUCGAGGCCAUGCGAUCGCGCGGCCACAGCACCAAGACCUACCACACCUACCCUGGUGCUUAAUUCGGUGUUUAAGUUGGAGGCCAAACGUCUGAAGAAACGAGGAUGAAGGAAUGAGGCGAUGGAUGGGAAUGAGCGGUUCAGGUUACUUUUCAACGGCCUUUGGAAUGACGUGGAAAUACCCCUCGAGUAUGAAACGGUGUUAUGGUUUUGUUUUUUCGUAUUGUGGAAAUACUUGGCGUCAAAGGGGAAGAAGUGUGGAUUGUUUUUCAGUUGCUACCGUGUGCAGGAAGGUUGCAC